ACAUUUUGUUGCCUCUUCCCCCUGCAAUGGCGAUGGACGUGGGCGAGCCGCUCGACGCGACGGCGGCCGCCGACAACGGCGAGGCGGCCCUGCAGCUGCUGCGGGAUGCGGACCCGGCUCACUUCCUCUCCCCGUCCGCCGACCUCGCCGCCGCCGCCCGCGCGGCCUCGCAGCACAUCUACUCUUCGCUUGCGCCGCUCUCCCCCGCGCAGCCGCCCCCGCUCCCUACCCUCCUCGCGGGCCCCGCCUUCGAUGCUGAGCAGAUUUGGUCCCAGAUAGAGCUGCUCUCCCGCCCACUCCUCCCCCACCUGCGCCGCCAGCUCCGCCGCCUCGAGCAGCAACCCCAGCCGCAACCGCAGGCGGCUCUUCCUGUGGAGACGCCUGCUGAUGCCGAGGAGGAGCAGUCGGAGGAGGACGGACAAGGUAGCGAAUUGGAUGAGUUCAAGGAGGAGUUGGAGGAGACAGAUGAGGAGGAGGAAUUGAGUGACGAUGAGGAAGAAGAGGAGGAGGAAUUGGAUGGGAGAGGAGGGAAAGGGUUGGAGGACCGGUUCCUGAAGAUAGGAGAGAUGGCGGAGUUCCUGGAUAGGGGGGAUGAAGAGGAGUAUGGUGGCGGUGCCAAUCGAGGAGAGAAGAAGAAGGUGACGAAAAACUGGAUGGAGGACAGUGAUGAUGAGGGUGAGGAGGACAGAGAUGAGGAUGACGAUGAGGGGGAAGAUGAUGACGAUGAAGGCCAAUUGGAUUUGGAAGAUUUCGAGGAUGAUGAUGAAGAGGAUGAAGGAGACGGUGGUGGAGGUAUAAUGUACAAAGAUUUUUUUGAGAAAAAGCAUAACCAGCCAGUCAAAAAGAGAGAUGGUUCCACAAAGAAAGUUCAAUUCAAGGAUGAUGUACAUGAAAUGGAACUUGAUGGCAGUGAGAACGAUGAUGGAAAUGAAGACCAGGGUCUCUCAACCCAUGAAAAGGAGCGGCUGAAGAUGCGUGCUAAAAUAGAGCAAAUGGAGAAAGCUAAUCUUGAACCCAGUACGUGGACCAUGCAGGGAGAGGUUACUGCUUCCAGCAGGCCCAAAAACAGUGCCCUAGAAGUGGACCUUGAUUUUGAGCACAAUGUAAGACCUGCCCCUGUAAUCACCGAGGAAGUCACAGCUUCUCUUGAAGAGAUGAUAAAGAAAAGAAUUGCAGAGGGUCAUUUUGAUGAUGUUGAGAAGCCUUCUCUCUUGCCAUCUAAAGCUCCCAGGGAGCAUAAGGAACUGGAUGAAAGUAAGAGCAAGAAGGGUCUUGCUGAACUCUAUGAGGAUGAUUAUGCCCAAAAAGCAGGCAUUGCACCUGCCCCACUAUCGAUUUCAGAUGAACUAAAGAAAGAGGCAAAUACUUUAUUUAAGAGGAUAUGCUUGAAGUUGGAUGCACUAUCACAUUUCCACUUUGCUCCAAAGCCGGUCAUUGAAGAUAUGUCUGUACAAGCUAAUGUGCCAGCCUUAGCAAUGGAAGAGAUUGCACCUGUAGCCGUUUCCGAUGCUGCAAUGCUUGCUCCUGAAGAAAUCUUUGAAGGAAAAGGUGAUGUUAAGGAAGAGGGAGAACUUACACAGGCUGAGCGCAAGAGAAGAAGAGCCAACAAGAAAAGGAGAUAUGCAGGAUCACACAAGGAGAGGCCAGUCAAGUUGCAGAAAGAUUAGACUCAAUGUUUCCGAACCAAGGACUGCAUGCAUGCCAUGCCAGUGUCCCAGAUCCCUGAAUAUUGAGAGUUGGAAAGGGUCCACGAGCUGCACUGGUCCAAAUUCCCAAUUUUGGUGUUGUACCCCUUACUAUAGUCUGCUUGUUUGUCACAUGUUUAGGAAAGCACAAGCGUUUUGACUUGCUGAAUUGUAAUUGUGAGGAUGCUGCUGCGGAGUGCGUGUUUUGGAACUCAGAAAGCUGCUAAUGAAAUUUCAGAAAGUAAGAUAGUAGUGAGCGAAAUUUCAGAAAGUUCACAAGUUGGGAGUUCAAUACAUAUUUUGUAAUAGCCUACUAGUUGGCUGAAGCCAACUCUCCGGCGGCAAGUGCAGCUGAUCUAACCAUGCACAUUGUUGUUUGUUUUUCAGUUCGUGACCGUCAAUUGAAAGUUCUCUCCC